GAAAGCUCGGAGUACCACUUCGGAUUCUUGUCCUAGAGGUGAGCGGGGAAAUUGUAAAUUUCUUGGAAUUAAGAAAUGUUGAGUAUUGGGUUGAAUUCACUGUUGAUUUCUUCGUUCCCGUUGGAGAGGAAAGGACAUGUGGGGAGAGGAACGACCGGCAUCAUGUUGGGCGUCGGUGGUGGUGGUCAUGUGGCCCUGGCCAUCGGUCUUUGUCAGGAAGCCUUAGGACGUUCCUGGCUGCAUAAACCCAGGCGAGCCUUGGUCGGGUCACACUGCAUUGGAAGUUACCUUUGGGCCUGGGCCCGGACGUGCUGCUUAGGCAGCGUGGCCUGUAGGCCUGGGUCUGGUCGCAGGGAAGCUGGAAACAACGGUGGUUGGCUACGUCAGACUAGGUUACACUUUUCUUAUUUUUCCCCAAAGUCAAAAGAGAACUGUUUUGAGAAACUGGAGGAGUAAUAAUAAUCAGCUUGGCUUGUUGACUUUCUCUCUGUUUGCUCUGACACAAUUUGACCGAUAACCUCUUUCUCAAUAACCUAGUUUCUGACUGCUGUGAUCUCCUCCCCUGCUCAGUGGUGGUUCCGACGGAGGCAUAGGCCGGCGGCAGGCGACGGCGAGCAACGACUAAGGCCCAGGUAAGUUCACCCCAUCCCCAGACCUAGCCGGAAACUUUAACCCCCACAUCCCUAACCAGAUCUGUCCCAGCAGUCGGAUCCUUAGUCGCCGGUCUCCCCGAAGCACUACCAGCCUCCUUCACUGAUUUACCAGCCAUCCUCCAAAUCGAUCUCCGCUCCCCGAAGGCCUUUGACUAGUUUGCGCCAGCCUUUAGCCCUAGACAGUGCCCCCAACCACCCACUGCUGAACCCCAGACGACGCCCCCAGUGGCCUGCCACCCCACCCCAACCUCAGGUCGCAGAACUCCUCCCCCGUUCAACCGUAAUCCACACGUAGGCAGCUUAAUCCAACCCAGAUCCUACCAGCCACCCUGCUUCUACCUGCCUCCGCCCCACCCUGCUGCCUUUUUCUAUUUUUCUGCAUUAUUGGCUGUUGUGUAUCUGUAUUGCUUUUGUUGAGUUUUUUAAUCUUGCUUAUUGUGCUGUGCUAUAUUUCUAUUAUUGGUGCUGCCUCUUAGUAAUAAUUACUCUAGUGUUGUAUUCUUGGUGUUUAUAUUUUGUAUAAUUAUUUUUCCAUCAUCUCCGAUGGAGCCAAAAAUUCCCCGUUUUUUGGCUUUGGGGUGUAAUGGAAUAAAGCAAAAUGGAUCUCUAAACUGUUUGCGCUUCUUUGAUUAAUGAAGUAGCAGUUAGUCAAUCAAUGCAACUUUCAACGUUGAGCCGGAGGUCUCUUUGGAAACAGCUCUCUACUUUCGAGUAGGGGUAAGGUCUGCGUACACACACCCUCUCCAGACACUACUCUUGUGGAAUUCAACUAGGUUGUUGGUUCAAUGUUCCCAGCCCCCUUGAUCAAUUUGAUAUUCUCUCUAAUUGGUUCAGGACUCCGAAUGUAUAGUGUUUAAAAUGGCCUUAGCCUAGGAUAGUAAUGGUCUGGUUCAAGAUCUUCAGUUCUCAUUUUUUGAGAACCUUUCCCGUGCCAUUUUGGAAACGGAACAAUUUCGUUAUGUAUAUAACUUAGUAGAUCCAUUUGAAAAUCUAUUUUUUAGUUCGCUACCACCUGGGUUCGAUUUGGAACAAUUUGGUGUAGGUAUUUUUGCCCACCUCUGGCAAAUUUCCUGAAAAAUUGCAUCCAAUCUAACAAACUGCAUUCGCUGUUAAAUGUUUAUGAAUUUUCUUAAAGUUUACCUAGCCAUUUAGACAUUUGCAGCAAUAUGAUGUUUCGUCCAGUGCGAUGGCGCGUCUGUCGGUCAAUUAAGUGACUCACUCUGUUUAUCGGUGAACUAUUUUUAGACUUCAAGGUAAAAACGGCUGUGUUUUAUUGCAAGUAUUUCAUAUUUUAAUUUAGGGUUUAUAUUUUUGGGCUUCGUCGCAUUAAAAUAAAGUUUGAUUUUUUAUUAGGAAUGUUAUUUGGACAAUUUUCGGUUAUGGUUUAGUGAAACUGUUUGAGUUGGGUGCAAUAUUUUCACUCUCCUACUUUUCACGAUACGCUUGGAUUGUUUUCCAGUAAUCAUUUCCGUGUUAUAUUUGUAAUUCAUUCAAUUUGUGUGGAUUUUGAUCAAAUCUGAGUUUUAAUCAUAAAUUGUACUCCCUCCGUCCCGGAGUAUUCGUCCAGUUUUGACUUUUGGAACUGUUCAUCUAAGCACUUUGACUCAUCAAAUUCUCUCAAUGUGUAAGCCUAAAUAUAGUUAUGUGUGAUCUUGUUUGAUUUGUCUUAACAUAUAGAUUAUUAAUAUAUAAUUUCUAUAAUUUUUUAAUAUACAAAUUACAAGAUAAAAUGGAUUAAAGAAGUGUAUUGGAUGGUGUGUAAAAAUGAAAGUGGACAAAUACU